UUUAUCCUAAGCUUGCUGCUGCUGGCCAAAUGCUUCUCCAGGCUUGAGAUAUCGGUGAUAACAAUGUAUGUUCCUUAAAACGAGCUUGGAGCGACCGGGCUCAUCGUGCUUGUACGGAGUCCCUCUUGUAUAUAUGUGGGGGUUUCGCCCCGCUUAGACUAGAGUAGGCCAGACUGAGUUUGACAAUAUACGUGAUCAAAUUCAUAGUGGGCGACCUGCAAGCAGUCCGGUUCCUCUGCUCUGCGCCUACGCAGAGCCCUUUAGACGGAAGUUUGGCGUCUGCCUUUCCGAUUGUCCUCCGCCCAGCACCAUCACAUCACUCGCGGCAGCAACAUGAACGACCCUCCCUCGGGAUCCAGCGGAGCAAACACGCCCCGCGCCCCGCCGGCGAUUGCGGCCGACUGGCCCAACGGCGGCGCCGAUGAUGCCGCCGCCGCCGCCGCGCCUGCCGCCGCUUCUGGUGGCUACGCCUCCUCGCCUCGCAUGGCCAUCAACACCUCUACUACGUCUGGCGGCGCCGCGGCCCCGCCUGCUGCUGCGCUGACGCCCCUGUUCAGCGUCCGCAGCCGCCAGGCGUCCAUGAGCCGCCCCCGCCCCGCAGCAGUGGCGGAGUCCAUCGAGGAGCCGCUGGCGGUCACGGACGCUGAGGAGGCCGCCGAAGCUGCUGCUUACGGAGGCGGCGUGUCUAUGGCGGACAUUGCGGCGGCGGCAGGCCCCUCCCGCAAGCCGUCCAUGACAGCCAAGGCCUUCGCCCCCUCGAGCAACAAGGUGUCGCCGGCGCCCGCCGCGCCCGCCGCCCCGUCCGCCACCGACAAGGUCCUGGACGAGUUUGAUGCCAACAAGGACAACAGACUGGAUGCACAGGAGCUGGCUGCGCUGGUGAACAAGAUGGUCCAGGAGCGGGAGGACAAGCGGCGGCUGCUGGUGGGCCUCAUCGCGGUGCUGGUGGUGCUGGUGGUGCUCAUUGGCGCCCUCACCGGCAUGACCUGGGCCGUGGUGGCGGCGUUCAAGGACACGGACGUUCAGAACGGCGUCAUGUACGUCAAGGGCAGCACCUCAGAGGUGGUGCAGACCGCCUCAGCAGAGAUGACCAUUGUGGACGGCGCCCUCAUCAACCGCCAGGCCCUCUCGGCCGCCGCCAUGACCACCAACGCCACCGCCAACACCACCACCAACAACAACUCCUCCUCCGCCUCCGUGCUCACCGCGCCUGACUCCGUGGUGCGCACGGCGGACUUCGUGGGCACGCCCGUGAAGUUCGGCAGCCGCGUCAACAUCCGCCAACUCAUGGAGCUCAAGUACCUUUACAUCACGGGCAUGGGCGAGGUGGAGGUGGCGCUGGUGGUCCAGGGAGUGGCGCGUGUGCCGGACGCCGACAGCGUGUGGGGCACCGUGGUCCACAUCAUCACUGCCGCAGGCACCAUCACGCUGGAUGACACGGUGGUGCGCUUCGAGCAAGAGAUCGCCCCCGUGUUCGUGCGCGCCGGCUUCGCGGUGUCGCGCUCGCGCCGCAGCCUGCUGGGCAUCUACGACGUGCUGGGCUUCUUCAACUUCAUCGCCGACCUGGAGGUCUUCAACCUGCCGCCCGACCAGCCCCGGCCCGCGCUGCCCUCCAACAACUUCAUGAUGCAGCUCAAGAUCUACGAGCCGUGCGUGUUCCCCUUCGACCCCUCCUCCGACCGCUGCAUUGCCCCGCCCACCGAUGGCGCCCUCAAUCCCGAUGACACCAGCGCCACCGCAAGCAGCAACAGCAGCAGCGCCCGCCGCCGGCUGCAGCUGCAGGCGCUUCAGCAGCUGCUGGGACCGAUGGCGCCGCCCUCGCCCUCGGGUCCCCUGCUGCCGCUGCUGGCCGGACCCGAGCAGCAGGCCUCGGGAGUCGCCGGCGGCAAGCGGCGGAGCGCUCUGGCCACUGCGCCGCACACGCACGCGCGCAUGCUACAAUCCACGGACGCCGCCGGCACCUUCCUGCACGACCUGGCAGGUGUGGAGGUGGUCAACGGCUCACGAUACAUGACACACACCGAGACCGCCCACGUGUGGCAGGGCCUCAUGCGCACGGUGUACGAGUACGCGCUGUUCCCCGCCUACCGCCGCGUGGAGGUCGCCAGUAACGCCUCGGCACAGCUCAACGUGUGGCAGGAGGAGGCUCUGCCGGACGGUGCCGAGGUGAACCCGCAGACCUGGUUCUGCAUGCAGAACCCCCUGCCGCCCGGCAAGCUGGACAAGUACUCGGACCUCAAGAACACCAGCGCCGUAAACUUCACUUUCCUGGGCUACACGGAGCUGUACGGCAAGUCCGCCCGCCACUUCCGGCUGAGCAUUCGCCAGCCCGUCAACAAGACCAACCCCAACCCCGGGCUGAGCAGCACGGACCCCCUCCCUCUUCCCGAGGUGGUGGAGUUUGACUACUUCGACAACCGCAAGGACUUCUCGCCGCUGGGCUUUGAGCUGAACCACCCCAUCGCCGGCCACAUCAUGAUCCAAGUGGUGCAGUACCGCAACCUGACCGCCGCUGACGUCAGCACGGCCAUGUUCUCACCGCCGGCCGGCCUGGCCACAGGCGCCUGCACCAAUGACACCUCCAUCCCGCGCCUGUCCUCGCCCUUCACCGUGCCCGCCUUCAACGACCCCACCCUGCGCACCACACCCAACUACAACCCCGACACGCUGCUCGAUGCCAACCCCAGCCCCGCCGCCGGCCGCCGGCUGGCGGAGCAGGCGGCGCAGCUGGCGGCGCAGUGGGACGCGCUGGACCACGUGAACGGCAGCGACGUGCACACCUGGCCGCAGUGGGCGCUGGACACGUACGGCAGCGGCGGCGACCGCGAGGUGCUGCGGGAGCGGUUGCUGAUGGAGGGCGGCUACCACCCGCACGGCCGAGUCAUGCAGACGGGCGUGUGGUGCUCUCAGAACAAGUUCACAAAGAAGUGGGAGCGGAGCUCUCUGCCCUGCAGCGUGGAGGCCAGCCUCAUCCAGGCCAGCCACCUGGAGGUGAUUGGCUCCUGCAACGGCUCCAACCUCGCCUCCUUCCCCAACCUCAAGCUUGGCGGCUUCGCCACAAUCAACACAUGCACCAAGGAGGUCAGCGGCUGCGCCAAGCUGUCUCUGACGCUGGUGCCCUACCUAGACAAGGUGUCCAUCCUGAAGACCAUAGCCAGCAAGAUCGGGCUCACAGACAUGGACGUCUUUUCGCUCUGCGCCGGCUACAACUGGGCAGACUUGGAGGGCUUUGUGACCGGCAUUCUGUCGCCCAGCGUGAUCGUGCUGCGUGCUGAGCUGGUGGGCACCCUCAAGUGGUCGCCGUGCUGUGUGUGGCUUGACGAGGUGUCGCUGGAGGGCUUCGUGGGCGUCACCGCCGGCAGCUACGACCUCAGCAGCUCCAUUGGCAAGUGGAAGAUCGUGGAGAACCCCUGGUACUGGAAGGGCAGCGCCGGCGAGGCCGCAAGGAACCGAGUGCCGGCGGUGCAGAACCUGGCGCGGGUGGACGCCUACACAGUCGGCGAGACCGAGUGGGGCGAGUGGGGUGAGAUCCAAUACUGCCAUGAGCGUUUCACCACCGACUCCAGCAAGUCCAAGGCCCGGCCCAUCGUGGGGUUCAGGCUGCGUGUCGAGGAGUAUCUGGGCUACGACUCUGAUGACACCUCGCUGAACGGCCUGAAGAUCAAGUGCACCAACAGCGAGGAGAUCGACGUGGACGACGGCAACUGGGGCGACUGGCAGCCCGCCGGCAACUGCCCCAGCGGCAAGUACAUCACCGCCGCGCGCAUGAAGCUCGAGUCCAGCCAGGGCUCCUUCACCGACGACACCGCCGCCAACGGCAUCGAGUUCAAAUGCAACGACAACACGGUGGUCAGAUCCGGGUCCGGAGACUUCGGCAGCUGGGGGAGCUGGGUGUCGUGCCCCACCAACCAGUACAUUUGCGGCCUGCAAGUCAAGAUGGAGGAGCCGCAGGGCACAGUCAGCGACGACACGGCAAUGAACGGGCUGAAAUUCUACUGCUGCUACAUCAUCGCUUAAUGAGCCAGGCUGGGAAAGAAGCGGACCCGGGCCCGGGCCCGGCUCCAGGGCUCGGAGGGCCCGGAUGCGGACCCGGACACGGGACUGGAGCUGGGGCCUGGAUCUGGAUCUGGAAUCUGGAUCUGGCAUCUGGGUCUGGAGCUGCCGGCGCGGAUGGCCGUCACCGCUGGCGCUGGGUGCCGCAGAUGGAGGAAUGCACGGGGCCCUUGGCGCCCCUGACGGCCCUAGCCAGCGGCAGCAGACAUGCCGGAUGAGGUGACGUGCAACUCGCGGCUUUAUUUGUAGACUUGUAGGCUUGCGUGCGUAUGUGGCCAUGGCGCACAACGUGCUUCAUGAAGCAUCUAGGAUAUGCAUUUCCCCGCUAUCUCGGCAGUGGUAGGGACAACCAAUCAACGUUGAGAGAUUCCACUAUCUAUGCAUGAGUUCUACGGUACCAUUUACGUUGAGAGGUUCCAGGCUGUGUAUGAGUCAUACGGUACCAUUCAUGUGAAGAGAUUCCACUAGCUAUGUAUGAGUCAUACGGUACCAUUUAUGUAUUUUUGGAGGGGAACGAAACCCCCUCCACUCCUCCAGUGUCCAAUCACCGCCGUCCCGUGUACCGGGUGGGUAGUGGGAGAGCUCCCGAGGGCCGCUCCUUGCCUGACUGGAUACGGGAUACCACACGCACGGUGACCUACGCCCUGCCUAUUAUUAAUCCUUUUAUACCUAGCGCUCUCGUUUGUGAUGGGCAUUGCGCUGGACUGCGCCCUCGGUUCAGCGAUGGACCGAGGCUGGUUGCAAUGGUUACCCCGCGGUUGUGAACCCCUGCGUUGUGAAGUCUCCUGCGUGUGUUUGUUAUUGGGGUUGGUCAAUGAGGUUUAUGCGAUAGCACUCCCUACCUGCAUACAGUGAUUGAACCUGGUCUCGGGACAGAUUGUAUGGUUGUGGUGGGCCGUUGACAUAGUAGUGGCCUGAGUUGAUACUUUGCUCUCGCGGGCACCUCAUGGACUGGCACGGCGGGGGACUAUGGGAUGGAGACCCACCCUUGGACCUGAGGUGUAUGCGUGCGUAUGGUGUUUACAGUGACUCAAUUUUCUUUUCAGUUAUCCGUUUCUCCAUAUUUAUGAUGCAUGAGCCAAGCAUGAGCGCAACCCAGGCCGAUGGUUGUGGGUUAUGCACCCGCAGUGUGCACAACCAUACGGCACCCAUGCUUGGUCGGACUCAAGGUCGGACUGUCCCUUCUUGUAAUGUCACAUUCAU